GAGGGUCUUCCUUCUUGCUGGCUUCUUCUGGAACACAAAGACUAUCCUUCCUCCUAGUGAAGGGAGGGGUAGGAGUUCAGCCCCACCCUUAGGAAGAUGUGUCUUCCCCCUCCCCUGCACUGUGGUACUUCCUCUCUGGCUGACUUAGCUGACACCACCCAGACCUGGGGCCAGACAUCUGGCACUGGGACAGAUCUGGGGAUAGACUCCACCACUCUGUCCUGAUCCUGAGACUGGCACCAGCUUCCAACCAGUAUCCAGCAAAACCUAUCCUUGCAAUGGCCACGAACUCUACUUCUCCUGCAGCACCCUCCUCACUGGGUGUCAUGGCUAUCACCCUACUAUCAGUGGCUCUGGCUGUGGGGCUCCCGGGCAACAGUUUUGUGGUGUGGAGCAUCCUUGUAAAGAUGCGAACGCUCUCUGUCACUGCCCUGCUGGUGCUGAACUUGGCCCUGGCUGACUUGGCCGUGUUGCUCACUGCCCCCUUUUUCCUCCACUCCGUGGCCCGAGGCACCUGGGUUUUUGGAGUGACAGGCUGCCGCCUGUUCCACUAUGUUUGCGGAGUCAGCAUGUAUGCCAGCGUCUUGCUUAUCACCGCCAUGAGUCUGGACCGCUCGCUGGCGGUGGCCCGCCCCUUUGUGUCCCAGAAACUGCGCACCAAGGCUGUUGCCUGGUGGCUGCUGGCAGGCAUCUGGGUGGUGUCAGUCCUCCUGGCCACGCCCGUCAUCGUAUACCGCACCGUGGUACCGAAAAACAACGGGAGCCUGGUCUGCUUCCCCAAAUACGGCAGCGCAAGAGAGACGGCCUUCCAUCUGCUCUUCGAAGCGAUCACCGGCUUCCUGCUGCCUUUCCUGGCGGUGGUGGCCAGCUACUCCGACAUCGGGCGCAGGCUGCGGGCCCGGCGCUUCCGCCGCAGCCGCCGCACCGGCCGCCUGGUGGCGCUCAUCAUCCUGGCCUUCGCCGCCUUCUGGCUGCCCUACCACGUGGUGAACCUGGCCGAGGCCGGCCGCGCGCUGGCGGGCUGGGCCCCAGGGUCGGGGCCCUGGGGGCAGCGGCUGCACCUGGCCCGCCGAGUGCUCAUCACGCUGGCCUUCCUGAGCAGCAGCGUGAACCCCGUGCUGUACGCGUGCGCCGGAGGCGGCCUGCUGCGCUUGGCCGGCGUGGGCUUCAUCGCCAAGCUGUUGGAAGGCACCGGCUCCGAGGCGUCCAGCACCCGACGCGGCGGCACCCUGGGCCACACGGUGCGGGGCGCCCCCGCCCCUCCCGAGCCUGGCCCAGCCGAGAGCCUCACUGCCUCCGCCAACCCCCUGGAGUGAAGCGAACUGAACCAGGCCUGGGGAGGGAUGGUGGUGGAAGGACACUUUUUUUUUCCUCCUGGCGGAAGGCCCCAGGCUGGCCUGACCCAAUUCUGCACCUCGAGAAGGCGUGUGGGGGUGGAAAGGAAGAAGAGGGAAGGGAGGGGUAAGUAAGGGCAGAGUCAGAGCCUGGGCAGCUUUGCAAUUAAAAAUGA